AGAGGAUGUGAUCUGCAACGCGAGAGUGCUUUGUGUUGCCAGCACACACGAGAUCGUCUGGUGAUUCAUCUGCUUCUCCGAUCGCAUGAAAGCGUCAUCAUCGACGAGCAGCAAGGCCACAGGAGGCAGCAUGAGCGGCGGCGUGACGCAGAUCAAUGUCGGCGGCUAUAUCAUGGUGUUCCCAAGUGGCGUGCUGCUGCGUGAGGGGCUGCGUGGCACGUGUGUGGCGGUGCUGCUUCACCGGUUCGACCAGUGGAUGCUCAAGGAUGCCGACGGGACUCUGUUCAUCGACACAGACCCCGUCUACUUCAUCUGGUGAGGGACGAGGGGAGCAUGCAGCCAAUGACACUCAUUUACUCACUCAUUGACUCACUGCCCUGUGUGUGUGUGUGUGUGUGUGUGUGUGCUGGUUGUGUGUGUGUGUGUCAGGUUGUGUGAGAAGCUGACCCGUUUGAAGCAUGGGUGGGUCGACGAGAUCAAGAUCUUCGACGCCGUGCAGCCCAUCCCCUUCUACCACGACAUAUUCUUCGCCAACUCGCCGAUCGCCAUCGACAGACCGCAUAAGGACAGCGAGAGCCAACCGGCAUUCCGCAGCUUCAUUGCCAUGAUGGGCGCCUUCAUCAAGUCGUCCAUAGAGGGAGGCAGGGGAGGGGCGGAGGUGCUGAGUGUGACUGUGGACGGCCGCACAGUGGCGACCACCGAUGCCACACUGGCCGACUUCGACACACUCAACGACCGAUUCACCAAGUGAGAAGACAGGCACACACAGGGUGAAAUGGGGAAGCUGUGAAAUGAUUGACUUGCCUUCUCCUCUGUGUCACGUGUGCAGGUAUGGCGCCACUCCCAUCGUCGAUGUGUCUGCAAACCACGUCGACCUGUGAGCACCCAGACAACCACCAGAGGCAGCAAUAGACCGCAUCUAUUCGUCUGUUGGUUUGUUCAGGAUCGUCGACUUCGCUCGUCGGUGUCGCCUGGCCCCCGAAGGCGCCGUCGUCCCGCCGCCCUCGUGUACGGACCAGGAUGAGCUGGUGCGUGUGAGUGAGAUGUACGGCGUCCUGGAGGCCAUGUACCCCAACAUCCUCGCCAACGACGUCAUGCAGACCCUCCUCAUCAUGAUCGGCAAGAAACAACCUAACACAACCUGCCUCUGCAAGUGAGAAACGGCAAGGAGAGGCCAUAGCGCCACGUUCUAUUCAUCUGUGUGUCAUGUGUGUGUGUGUCAGGAGUUCGCUGCACGGUUCGUCGUAUGCUAGUCUGGCGCAGCGAGUGAUGGGCCGCCGCGGCCUCCUCUUCGUCAUCAAGUACGACGACACCAACACCAUCGCAGUCUUCGCCGACACCAGGCUGCACAUCCAGCCGACCCCACAUCUCAGCUGCUGUUCUGCUGCCCCGUGUCGCUGUUUUCGGUGUGCGGUGCAUUCGGGGAGGGCAUCACCAAGAUCGACGUGCCGCAGAACGGGCAGUGUGUGGCGGUGGCGGGCACAGAGGGGGCGGCAACGGACAAGGACGGUGAGCCAUUCGGCGAGGUAGCCAUCGCUGGCGGCCGCCUGUGGCUGGGGUGUGGCAAUCGCGGCCCGACUGACGACAUUCUCCGCUGCCAGCAGUGGGUGUGCAAGAAGGAGCAGCCGGCCAACAGGAAAUUUGUGGGCAAGACCAUCAACAGCAAGGCCGCGAGCCUCUGUGGUGUUGAGACCUACAACUUCGCCGCCCGGCGUGUGGAGGUCUUCCAGGUCCGUCAGCCAGGCAUCAACCAGAGAGCACACAAGUGGGUGUGGACAUCAUGACCCCUUUCUCUCUGUGCAGGUGUGGAGUGCUGUGCCGGCCGACCCCAUCCUGACUGAGUCUGACCUGCGAACACUCGUCGACCUGACCGGCAUGACGGAUGCGACCCCACAACUUCUCUAAAAGUGAGCAACCGAUGACAGGCAGGCUGCUCGUGAUUCGUUGAUGAUAUCGUUUUGCUGCUUUCGUGUGUGUGUUUGUCAGGGCUGAGCGUGACGGCUGGGAGUCCGAGGCCAUGUUCAAGAAUGUGGGCGACGCCACCGACCUCCUGCUGCUCCUCACAGACCUCACAGACCCCAGCGGCCCCAUCAUCGCCUCGCACAUCGAGGGCGGACUCACCCCGCCCGCCGACCCCACUGCAGUGGCGACGACCCCCUGUGCUGUGUCGCUGUUUUCGGUGUGCGGUGCGUUUGGGGAUGAUGGCAUCAUCAAGGUCGAGGUGCCAAGGACAAGCAGGACGUGUGGGUGGCGGGCACACAAAGGGACGGUGACGGACAAGGACGGUGAGCCAGGCGGCAAGGUGCCAUCGCCAAGGGCCGCCUAUGGCUGGGGUUUGGCAAUCGCCGCCCGACAGGCGACCUUCGCAGCUGCCAGGUGUGGGUGUGGAAGGAGGAGCUGCCGGACGACAAGAAGUACGUCGGGACCAUCAACAACAAUGGCACAGCCAUCUUGGGGUCCGGCAUCACCUUCACGGCUGCCGAUUUGGAGAUCUACACACUGCAGGUCAGAAAGACGGGAAAGUGGGAAAGAAGGACAUACACACACCAUGAACGGUACGUCCUUUUCUCCCCUCUCUCUCUCUCUGUGUGUGUGUGUGUGUGUGUGCAGCCGUCUGCUGGGUGGCAGUGGGUGAGUGCCGUCGCCUCCGUCGUGAUGAACUCACGACCGACAUGAUGGCUGUGGAGGGAGGCAGACAGACGAUAAUGUGGGGGUGUAUGACGUCUGCGCUGCAUUGACAUGUCGCAUGGCCAAGUGCUUAUCGCCGACGAUGCACACACAUUCACAUGGAGGCGGCGACUCGUUUUUGGCUGUCGGUACGGGGGUGGCGGGGCGGGUGCAUUUAAGCCAUCGAUCGCAGAGGAUUCUUUCUAUCGAUGUGUAGGUAUUCAUUCAUAUGUCUAGAGCCAGCAAGUGGGACCCCUUCCUUUAUCGACGGACUUCCGUGCAGUCUGUGCCGAGACACUCUCAUCUCGAUGCAUUUGACGUACACAGACAGUCCAUCACGCAAAGGCAUGUGACGACCCUCGAUAGUCGUGACCCACGCACGUACUCACCCAGCCGGUCUGCCUGCCGCUCAGUCAUGGAUGUCCAUCUGACUGGGUGUGUGUGCGUUGGAGAGAGAAGGGAGGGAGGGAGGGAGGGAGAGAGAGGGAGCAAGGAAGGGUCCUGUGUUCUGUGGGUGUCGUCUGCCUUUCGUUCUCGGUAUGACUACGGCUGGCUAAGUCAUUCACUUGCGCGGUUUGGGGUGGACCGCUGGCUCGCAU